AUGAAUGCUUCGCAAUGCCGCGUAGACCGGCCGAUGGAGCAUGUCGAACCCAACAAGCGUGCAGGGGCCACCACUCCCCACCACCACCACCACCACCACCAUCAGAUUACAUAUCCCCCUCCGUUGGCGUCACUCUCAAAUCUUAUGCCACUAAGGCAAACCAGUGUGGAUCCCACUCGCCACAAUCAAGCCUUCCUAUUGGCUGCCACGUGGAACCCCCAUCAACCAUACAAGGAUCGAUAUAGGUAG